UAAACUGAAGAAUGCAAGACACAACUCUUCCUGAAAUUCAAAACAUAACAUCUUAACUCAAGAGUAUUUCCUUCAAAAAAAAAAACUCGGAGUAUUUCGAGAAUGGCGAUGUUAGGAUUCUCAGGCCUUUCAGAGUAUGCUGCGUCGUCUUCCUCUUCAACUUCGCUAGGGUUUUGUAAGAGCAGGGCUACGUCUUCUUCGUUCAUCCCUAGACGGUGCAUUUCUCCCUGUCUCGCGCCUGGAAGAAAGUGCCUUUCCAAACAACUACGUUUCUCCGUUCGUAACUCGUUCGUUCCCAUGGACUCCGCCAAGAUCAAGGUCGUCGGAGUUGGCGGUGGUGGCAACAAUGCCGUUAAUCGCAUGAUAGGCAGCGGCUUACAGGGAGUAGAUUUUUUUGCCAUUAAUACUGACGCUCAAGCACUAGUGCAGUCUGCUGCGGAAACCCCAAUUCAAAUUGGAGAGCUUCUCACUCGCGGACUAGGUACGGGUGGCAAUCCUCUUCUUGGAGAACAGGCAGCAGAGGAAUCAAAGGAGACCAUUGCAAGUGCUCUUAAGGGUUCAGAUAUGGUGUUUAUAACAGCUGGAAUGGGUGGUGGCACGGGUUCUGGUGCUGCACCCGUUGUUGCCCAAAUUUCAAAGGAUGCUGGUUAUCUCACUGUCGGGGUAGUCACUUACCCGUUCAGCUUUGAAGGACGCAAAAGAUCCUUACAGGCAUUGGAAGCUAUUGAAAAACUUCAGAAACAUGUCGAUACUCUUAUAGUGAUCCCAAACGAUCGUCUGCUUGAUAUUGCAGAUGAGCAGACACCUCUUCACGAUGCUUUUCUUCUUGCUGAUGAUGUUCUUCGUCAAGGUGUCCAAGGAAUUUCUGAUAUAAUCACAAUACCUGGACUUGUAAAUGUGGAUUUUGCUGAUGUGAAAGCAGUCAUGCAAAAUUCUGGAACUGCAAUGCUUGGAGUGGGAGUGUCAUCUAGCAAGAAUCGGGCUGAAGAGGCAGCAGACCAAGCAACUCUUGCCCCCUUAAUAGGUUCUUCUAUCCAGUCUGCCACUGGAGUAGUAUAUAACAUCACAGGAGGCAAAGAUAUCACUCUCCAAGAAGUCAACAGGGUAUCUCAGGUUGUUACUAGUUUGGCUGAUCCAUCAGCGAACAUAAUAUUUGGGGCAGUGGUGGAUGAACGGUAUAAUGGAGAGAUCCAUGUGACUAUAAUUGCCACUGGUUUCACGCAGUCAUUUCAGAGAACUCUUCUUACAGAUCCUAGAGGAGCAGGAGCAAAGAUGGUUGUUGACAGGGGUCCUAGUGGAAGCCAAGAAAGCAUGCCGUCAUCGGCAACCCCAAGGCCAUCCACCCGCUUACCUUCAACUAACUCACAGCCAUCUCCUCGGAAGCUAUUCUUCUAGCUACAUUUUGAAUUUCGCCUAACAAUCAACAAGCGAGUGAAUUCUUUUCUCUCGUCCUUCCCCACCCUAAUAUAGCAAGCAGGGUUGGCAUUUGCUUUUUUCAUUUACGGUUGUAAGAUGCUAAUGAUUAUCAUCAUGAAAUGUGCGCCUUUUCUGGUUUAGUUCCGUACUUCCGUCUACAUCAAGGCAUCAAGCUAUGCCUGAGUUGGCAAUGUAUUAUUUUAUAAAGAAAAUCUUACUCGGCAUUCUGUUAAUCCAUUGGGGUUUGAAAAUGACAUCAUAUAACUGCAGUACUUUCAUUGAUGCGUUCAACACAUUUCAUUACUGUAUAGUCUGGAUUCUACACGUCAAUAUAAAUUUCAUAAUUUU